CAUCGAUGUCGGUGCGCAGUGCACAGGUCCAUUCACUAUUGCUCAGGUCUUAGCUUAGUGUAACAACUUAAAACGAGUGAAGAACGGUAUUUCUUGUCAUCUGUAUCGAGGCAGCAUUGUAAGAUGGUGGCCGGAUAAAAUUACUUUGGAUUUUUCUACCCCCUUUGCUGUGUCAGCGCACCACAUAACGACUGAACCCUGAGAUGACCGAGGUGGAGCCGGCGUUGGACUUUGCCUCCUCAAGCCGCUCGGGGCGGCGCAAUGCCCUGCCCGACAUCCUGGGCUCCCCGGCGGGGGUCAGCCCCACUGACCUGCCCCUCAAGCUGGCUGAACUCUCCGUCACAGAUGGUCCAGGUGGAGCCCAGUCGCCCACCUCAGAGGAAGCUCCAGCACCACUGGAGAGUGCCGAGGUCAAGGAUGGCUCCUAAAACCCCCCUUCCCCACCACCAGGGGGCGCUGUCGGACUUCUCUUCACUAGGGGGCAGGAGAGGGUGGAAGAGGGAGAAUGGAGGGGGGAAGAGGAGGGGUGCAACAGAUGUCCCACUAGCUGAGCUGCUGGGAGUGAACUGUGGGGUCACCAGCGGUGUGACCACCUGACACCUGACUGUAGAGGAACACAUGCCUGUGUGUGUGUGUGUGUGUGUGUGUGUGUGUGUGUGUGUGUGUGUGUGUGUAAACAUGUCUAUGAGUUUUUACGUGUGUUUGUAUGUGGUGGGUGAGUUCACUCACACACAAAUUCACACACCCACCCACACAUACAUACAUAUACAAACACACACCUUAAGCAAGUGGAACUGACCUUGGACCUUGGUCAUUGUUUUCCAAAUAAACAGGAAAACAGAAGUGGACUUCUGGUGAUGAUUAGAUGGUGGUAAAUUGUAAACAGUACAUUUUAUCAGUGGGACAUUUUCUUUGUGCCGGAAUUUUCAAUGGAGGAUUUAGACUCACCUGAUCCAGACGGAUGGUCAUUGCCUUGAAUAUGUUUGUACUGUGCGUGUGUAGGAAGACACCAGUGUGUUAUAUUGGGACUGUCAUGUUUGCUUAAGGGGCAGGAUUCCUCUUUAGAGCAUGGAGCUUCAUUGCAGUAGUGUACGUCUGGCCUUGGAAGAAGUGUAGGUUUUUUUUUUUCAGGUUUGGUUCAGUAUCUUUUUGAAUGAGAGGGGUUCGGUGGGUGACUUGAUUUUGUGUGCGUGUGAGAGAGAGAGAGAGAGAGGGAGAAACUAAAGGGAAUUAAGACCAUGGGUUCCCUCUGGGAUGAACUCAUUUUGUUUGUCCCCUGGGAAGAUAAUAAUGUUGUGACAUUCCCAAAAAAAACUUGUCACUGCCAAUUAUGUGAAGCGUGCUUUGUUGUGGUUAAAACCUAAUUUAUAUAAACUCAAUGUGAGGAUUCCAAAUGAAAAGAAGAUGACAUUUAAGUCAAAAAUGUGCCUGUUUGAAGUUAAAAAAAUGAACUGCCAUUGUAUUUUGUAGACUCUGUAUUGCUGUUAAACAGUAUCCUACACUGUCACUCCUGUAUUCUCAAUUAUCACAGUCAUUUGUAAUCAUCAAGGAUGCAGAAAUCCCACCGUCAGCUGGACUUACUCUGCACCUCAGAUGUUUGGAGAUCAAAUGGCAUUCCCUCAUCGCCAGGCUUCUCAGUAGAUUGUCUGCCAUGCCAUCAACAUAUGCAGUCAACAGGCUAUGUGACCACGAGCAAAUAUGAUGAGGGAAGUGACACAUUUGGUUGAGAUAUUCUCACACUCACUCACUCACACACACACACACACACACACACACACACACACACACACA